AUGCUCUGCUUCAUCCUCCUGGUUUUUUAUUCAUCAAGUGCAACAUGCUCACAGCUACAAAGCCGUCACAGAAGGUGGAUCCUUGACCCUUUCACUAUUGAGGAGGAGCAUCCAGGGCCCUUCCCUUAUGUCCUGGGCAAGAUAAAUGUAGUGGAGACCAAUGGACGACACUUUAAGCUCUAUGGGGAAGGAGUGGAUGAGGAGCCAAAAGGAGUUCUCUCCAUUCAUAAGGAAACUGGCACCGUGUCUGUACACAGGGCUGUGGACUACGAGACUAAGACAAUGCUUAAGCUGAGAUUUGAGGCCACAGGGAACGAUUUGCAGUCUGCCAAAUUAGGAGUUGAAAUCUCCAUAUUGGACAUCAAUGACAACCCACCCCGCUUUCAGAAGGAUCGGUAUGAUAUCAGCGUUAAUGAGAAAACAACACAAGGCUCAUAUCUCCUGACUCUGGUAGCCUUUGACAGAGACAAGAAAGAUACGCCAAAUUCAACAUUCCACUUUGAAAUCAAAUCUGUGGCUCCAAACCCUCCAGACACCAAGUUCACCAUUGAUAAGUCUGGAUCUAUCUCAUUUAAUGGGUGUUUAGACCAUGAGGUGGCUGAAAUGUUCACAGUGGUGGUGGAGGCCAAGGACCAUGGUGACGUAGUCAGUCUGUCCAGUUCAACCACUGUUGUCAUCCAUGUGGAGGACGGCAACAACCACCUCCCAACCAUCACCGGACAAACAGGCUCUGGCAAAGUAAAAGAAUAUGAGACCGGGACCUCUCCUCUGCGGGUGCAUGCUUCAGACAAAGACACCCGAAACAGCGCGGCAUGGAGAGCCAAAUACACCAUUCAGGGUGACGAGAGGGAGCACUUUAAAAUAGAAACUGACCCAAACACCAACGAUGGAAUCCUGACAGUGAUAAAACCAAUAGACUUUGAGGAGAAAGCACAAAUGGAGCUGACCAUCUCAGUGGAAAAUGAGGCACCAUAUUUCUACUGUAAAGUGAGGGAGAAGACGCACUCAGGCCUCUGGAAAGUUGACACCAGUAAAGGUGAUGAUGAUCCUCAGCCUCACUCUGUCAAAGUCAUCAUCCAAGUUGAGGAUACCAACGACCCUCCACUGUUUAGUGUAACUAUCAAAGAGGCCAUGCUGGAGGAGAACACGCCCAUUGGAACCUGGGUAGAGAAAAUGACAGCUGUGGAUCCCGACUCCAGUCACGCGAGAGAUUUUGUGUACAAGGUAGGAAAUGACCCUGCUGGCUGGGUGACGGUGGAUCCACACACAGGAGACAUCACAACAUCCAAGACCCCAGAUAGAGAAUCUCUUCAUGUCGUUAACGGCAUCUACACCAUCUUACUGCAUGCAGUGGAUAAUGGUAAGCCACCAUUGACAGGUACAGCCACACUGAACAUCCACGUGUCUGACCAGAACGACAACGUGCCUCAGCCAACACUGGACUAUGUUGAUGUGUGUUUGUCCGACGGCCCCACCACCACCAACAUCACAGCCUUUGACCUGGAUGAUAGUCCAUUCGGAGGGCCUUUCACAUUUGAACUGCUGGGAGAUGUCAACGGAAAAUGGAAACUGAAUCCCUCAUAUGGAUACAUAGCUGGCCUAGUGAAGGAGCCCAGUGUGUUUGCUGGCCCACAUACAAUUGAUCUGAAGAUCUCUGACAUGCAGGGAAAGUUUGGCGUUUAUAACCUCAGUGUGACUGUAUGCGACUGCUCUGUGAAUUCCACCUGCCGAGGACGCGGAGGCACUGCCACAAAAGCCGUCUACGGUGCUAUAGGCAUAGUGUUUGUCUCACUGUUGUUACUCCUGUUUCUACUGAUGGCGGUCUUCAUGUCCUGCAAAACAGUGUUCCACCCUUUAGAGAUCAGUGAUUCCUCUAAUUCAACCAUCCUCGUAUCAAACAUUGAGACACCUGGAAGAGACUGCAAGGUACCUUUCCUGGCACUGUCCACUGAUAACAUGCACUACCACCCUUCUAAACGGCAACACAGCACAUCUUCAAAAAUGCAGUGGGCUGCCAAGAACUUCAGAAGGGAGAAUGUUUCCUACCGAGUCAAUGACAACUGUAACCAGAUUGAUGACAUGAGCACAAUGGAUUUCCCCUACAAAAGGAACGCAAGCUCUUCAGUGGACACAGCUCUCCUGGCCCUGCUUAAGGAGAGGCUUUCUCACCAGACAGGAAGAUCUGAUGAAGUACUGCCUCACCUCUAUGCAGACGAGGGUGACUCGGACAUCAUCUCAGAGCUAGAUAACAUCGACAUUCCUGACGAAGAUUCAUUCGAGAAAGUGCUGGAAGUCUUGGGCCCCAAGUUCAUGCAACUGGCUGCCAUUUGCAUGCCACCACAUACACAAAAGCAGUGAAACAAAAUGGA